CAGACGUUCCCGGAUCGCUACGUAGUGUCCUUUAUCUCAUAUUUUUACAGACAAAUCUGAAAUGUCCUGAACGUUCCUAGUCUUUGUUUCGUCGCGAGAAAGUUCACGUCCAAAAACUAAUUUGAGGAGUUUUGAUGUUCGGUAGUUUUGCGUGUUUUAAAGCAUUUUUAACGGUCGUCGUCCUUUCCGUCUAGCUGCUUCAAAGGAUGCCUACAGUUCCUCGUCGUAGUUAGCAACGUCCAGUACAUGUCGUUGUGUUAGUGCAAACACUUGUCGCUUCCUCUGGAGAAGUUACGCGGUAUUGAAAUUAUCUUUGAAUUAUCACAAAAGAUGCUCUAGUGGAGUGAUAAGAUAAUCCUGGUUGAAUGCAUAGCGAUUCAUAAGUCUGGUGUGGGUGCUUCCAAAGUUUUAAAAUUGCAAGUGUUGUUGUUUGAAAUUGUGAUUUUCCAGGCGGUGAAAGUUCUCCUGAAAAGUGGAAAGUAAUAUGUGCUUGGGAAAGUGAAAGAGCACUUAAGUUGUUGCGUGCUAAUUAGUGCUAAUACUCGACGGGCGGCUUAAUAUCGACUUCAUAGAACGUUUUCUUGCCAUUAGAGGUGCUGGCUGAAUUUUGGGUGAUACCUGUUUUAGAGCGUCGAGAUUCACCCCAUCACAUCCAGACGUCGACAUCAACGUGGAGCUGAGCUGGAUCAAAUUCAACAAGGAUAUGAACUGCGCCCCCAUCCGCCCACGCAAUAGUCCUUACCUCCGUCAUCGUGUCACUUUAUCAUCAAAAUUGUAAGAGUUUUGGUAUCGUUGGGAAGGAAAUAAAGAAGUACCAUUACCGGGUAUCCGGACUCUCGUCGUUUCGACUGUGAUUGGCAUCACAGCAGCAGGGUCGGGUUAUGCCAUCCCGGAGCCCGUCACAAUGGCAAUCGCGAAGGAAACAAUCGCUUGGCAAGCUUCGACGUGCCCAUCCCGCCUCAGGUGCCACCUGGAAUGUACAGGUUGUCCGGGGCAAGAUGACAUCGAAAUGCCUAUGGCAUGCAUGUCGAGCCCUCGCCCUCGGUAUGGUGCUGAUGCUGUUGGGGGCAGGAAUGGCCACUGUAGGAUACUAUGCUGACCAGCUAUCGGUUGGACAUGAAAUCCGGGGGAAUGCCACAAUAAGAGUUAAGAACGAAUCAAGGGGUUUCCACCUUAACAAUUUAUCUUAUGUCGGCCCGAUUGUAAUGGGCUUCGGAGGAUUUAUCGUUGUAGCUGCGUGUGUUAUGACCUUCGAAGCCCGCGAUUCUGCGGCCAAAGUAGUUCCAGCACGUUUGAAAGUAACAGGAAACAGUAGAAAUAAUGUUAGAAGCAAUACAAGCAGUGCAACAUCAGCGAGGCGGGCUAAUGAAAUGAUGCACCAAGCAACACGGUGGGAUUAUCAUUUAGGGGUUUUUCGCACAUCCCCGGCAGAUCCCCCGCAGCCCCUAACACCCAUGGAUAGACAAGCGAUGACAGCGGCUCUUAUACAUUUUUCAAAGACUUUAGGUAAUUCACCACGACAAUCACCCAAAUCACGCCGAAUCUCACGAAGUGGUUCCGUGCCCAAUCUCACAUCGAGCCAAAGUUUAAAUGUCAAUUCAGCACAACUAUCGCCAUCAUAUCGUAAGAAAUUAGCAUUAGGUCAGGGCUCACACCAUCACCAUCAUCAGCAACAUCACCACCGUCACGGCCAUCAAGGUCGUCACCUUCCCAAUCACAAGACGAAUCGCAUUAGCAGUAGUUUGAUUAACCGAGCAUCACGAGAAUCGACCAACUCACUUCUACAUCCUGGAAUGUUACAAUACCAUCGACAUGCCUUAUCCGUGGACGAGACAGGACCUUACUUUAGAUCGAGUGUGACACCGCACGACUCACAAUCAUCGAUGAUUAUCCCAGAUAGUCACGAGGCGCGGAUUAGAGAUAGAACCUUCAGGUCGGAUACGGCAAAGAAACAUGUCCUUGCCCGACAAAAACCAAUAGAGAAGGAAGAGCCCCAUAGUCCAAAGACUGCUUACACCAACGGUAGGAGGCGAAGCUCCACGGCAUCUGACAUAUCCUUCGCAUCUCGCUGCGUGUACCGCAGAACAUCAUCAGCGAGCCGCACUCCCAGCAUAGAUUCCCGUAGUGUGCAGGUCGAAUUGCAUAGUCCUGAAAAGAGUCGUCAGAGUCCUCGAACACCCAGAAGAUUAAAUUCCGGUCAAUCAUCCACGCCGUCGGUGGAACGUGAAUUCAGAAGUCAACUGUCUAUUUGCUCCGAACCCACCACAACGAUUCGUCAACUUUCUGGUCAAUCCAGUCUGGAACCGUGUGUCCUCGAAGAAAGUCCUGAAUUGGAAGAAAGUCAACAUUUGGAGGAAACUGCCUCGGGGCCGUCAACAUCAUUACAAACAAAAAUAGAGGAGGACAUCGCAAUUGAAAACAGUCAAGAUUGCUUGGUACAUGCGAAUCUGAAAAAGUCAAGGCCGAACUCCUUGAUUUUGGAUGCUUCAGGUGAAAAUUCGAAAAGUUCAAAAGCCAUUGAGGCUAAGAAGUUCUUAUAUCGAAGUCGUUCCUCUCGAACUUUCUAUCGACCGAAACCACGUCUAAUCAACGAAUACGAUCCGAUUUAUUUCAUAAGUACAGACGGGAGUAUACGCACUAGGCCUUAUGAUAAAGACGAAGAAUUAUAUGAUUCCUUGCAAGUCAUUAAUGAACGCCGGAGCAAAAUCUUAACGACGACAACCACUACGACCACAAGCACCAUAUCCUCUGAUAUAAUAGAGUCAUCUGGGGAAAAUUGCAUACUGGAAGCCAGCAAUACUUUGGAGGAGUUUGAUGAAGAUAAUAAAUCACUCGAAUCGCUGUCAGAUGCCGCUACUUCGAUGGUAGAUCCAAAAACUCAAGAUAAAAGUGUAGCGCCACCGCUUGAGGAAAAGGACAUAGUACUCGUUCAUAAUGCAAUGCUUCUCGAAAAUGAUGAAUGUAGCAAGCAUGACGCUACCAAGACGGUCCUUAACCCAACCUCACCUGCCGGAGGCAAGUCUGAGCUGAUAGAGAACAAAUGCGAGGAGCAUGGCCAAGAAACGACUGAAAAUGAAGUCCUUGAUACUCGGAUCAUUAUGGAGGCGGAUGCUGAGUAGUAACCCUCGCCGCUGAUGCAUCAUUAUUCCGAGCUGAAUGACUGGAUACUCAUCACUGUUCCCGUCUAAACGCGAAUAUAACCGACUGUUAACGGCCACCAGGGUAAAGUAAACUUUUGUAUUUCUCAUUCUUAGGCAUCGUGGUUCAACCUGCCUCCAGGACGAGAGGGUUUUUCUGCAUUGCGUCGAAUAAUGAAAACAUUAACAAUUCCGAAUAUUCCCCGCAAUAUUAAAACAGUGAAGCAAGAGGCGAGUUUUAAACUGUGCGGAAGAUACAAUGUAAAACCAAAUUUCUAUACGUUUAGACAGCAACUAACUCUGAGAUAUUGCACCUGAACACGCGAUACGCCUUUUCGUAUUCUGCACAACAAUAAAUGAUAGGGUUAGGAGUUAUUGUGAUCCAGAUGAGGCUUAUAAUUACAUGUACUCGUGCUAAUUCGUUCACCUCUUUACCAUGAAAUCAUGCACCGCCUCGGAUUUUUGCCAAAUUCAUUUUCGGAUAAUAUGCAAAACAGUAUCUUAUUGAAUUAUACAAAGUCGUAAUUAAAGAUUUCGCAGCGUUUCCUGAGAAGAGACUCUUUUGUCCAGUUUCUAUGGCUGAAAUGUUUGAAAGGAAGCGUGUUAACGGCAGCUAGAUGGGAGAAUGCCAGCAUGAAUCCCUGGACCGUAGAAAUGCUUCCCCUUUCUUUCCAAUGUGAAUUUAAUCAAAAGCAAUGUUAAUUAGCAAUCCCGAUUUUAAAAUGUGCUAAAUUCCUUAUUGAUGGCUAUUUUUACCUGCAAAUAAUAUACAAAUCAAUGGUUAACAGGAACAUACCCUACCUAGAACUAAGCAAACUACUUUCAAUAUAUGAAAUUGAAGCGAAACUCCAUAAAUGGUUUCCUUUUGAAGAUUUUUGUAGAAGGCGAACUUGCAGAUAUUUCAAUAUUCGAUUUUCACACAGUAAAAGUAUCUACAUUAUUCCGCGUGUGCGCUGUAUCAAAACAGGUAAACUAAUGUGUGUAAAAUGUUGUUAUGAACGCAUUAUUAGCUUUAAGGAAGUGAAGUAGCAAUUGACCCUUUGGGACUUUUCCCGCAAGCACAGGUUCAACCCUAAAGUGUAUGUAACGUGGAAUUAACGAGUAAAGUGUUAUUUCUUAUUGUAGUAUUGUAAUAAAUGAGUGUUUGUAAUGACAAUGUUAAAAUGUUGAUUAUAUGUUAAGAGGAAAAUGUUCAAAAGAUAAAUGUGUUAUCAGAAUAGAUAAUUUAAAAUAAAAGGAGU